AAACAAGAGAAAAAUGUAUACACUUUGCAAGCCGACAGCAACAGGUGUUCGGCGAGCUCAACCGGCAAGUGCGCAGAGUUUCAGCAGUUAGUUCCCAACUUUUUCCGCGUACUCGUGUGAAGCUCUUCGCUCGGCUCAAACGCGCUCGCCAUGUCGAAGCCCGUUCUACUAUCCUGCUAUCUCAGUUCCUGCGCCUGGCGCGUACGCAUUGUUCUUGAAGUCAAGAAGAUCGACUUCGAAUACCGGGUGGUGGACUUGAGGCCAGGCCAUGGCGAACAGCGGACGGAGAAGUUCAAAGCGAUGAACCCAAUGGGCCAGGUUCCUGUCUUGCUCGUUGAUGGAAAGCCCAUCAGCCAAUCGGUGGCCAUCAUGGAGUACUUGGAAGAAAAGUAUCCGGAGCCAAGGAUGCUGCCUGCAGACCCCUACCUGAGAGCCAAGUGUCGGGAGGUCGUCGAGAUUCUCGUUUCUGGAGUUCAGCCUCUGCAGAGCAUCGGCCUGAUCCCUCUCCUCGGCAAGGCGGAAUGGAAGAAGUGGGCCGACCACAACAUCGCCCGUGGUUUUGCUGCUCUGGAAGCAAUCUUUGUGGAGACGGCCGGCAAGUACUGCUUCGGUGACGAGGUGACCUUCGCGGAUGCCUGCCUUGUGCCUCAAGUGAGCAACGCGUACGAAUUCGGCGUCGACGUGACACCCUUCCCGACGGUGCGGCAGAUUUACGAGGCGCUUCAGCAGCACCCGCUGGUCAAGAAAGCCGAUGCAUCGUGUCAGCCGGACACCCCUCCGACGGGAGUGCCCAACAGGCUCGCCUUUUUCAAGGGCCCGGGAGACCAGUAGUGCCUGAAGGACCGUGCAUGUCGGAGUGUUUUGUUUCAAUGAAGAUAUAAAGUAGCAUUUGUAAGGUA